AUGGUUUCGGCGAUCAAGGCCCAUGAUGAAUGAACAUCCCAAAAAAGCCCGCAAAUUUCCACUCUUCGAGCCGAUUCAUCAUCAGCCGGGCCUGGAAAGGCAUCUGAAGGCAAGCGCCGCUGCUCACUGGUCGUUGAUCGGCCCAACCGGCAGCCCGGCAAGGAAAAGCAAUUAUAACCAGUUAGGUGACUUAGGAGCCAUGAGAGCGAUCGUAUCGAGGAGGUGCUAAGCAAGCUUGAUCGGCUCAAAUUCAAAAUCAUAACCAUAACCACUCUGUUGGGAAUAGGGCAACUUCGUCGCUCUGCAGCUUGAUUCUCUUUCUUUCGGGCUGCCUAACCACAGUGCGGUUCGUCAAAUACUUGGUUCUCUCAACAUACGGACGAGCUACCCGGCUGUGUUAGUCCACUUUGUUUUGCGACUCGAAUGUCGAUCAUGUCCUCCAGUGGAAGACGAACUCUCUCUUCAGUACGGAGUACGGAGUACGGAAUAAAACAUGGGUGAAGAGAGCCACAGCGAGACCUCUCCACAAGUUGCUUCGCAGGAAUGCAUGCUGGUGGACAAGGGCGAGUUUCACAUUUGAGACGAUUAACCCUAUAUCCCUGCCGACAGGGAAGACACCUUGAAUGAAACCAUCUAAAUAUAUCGACCCCCGCCCUUCGUUCCGUCUAGUGCCGUAUGCUGCUGACUAUCCCAUUUUCCCGAGGUCCAUUCUUCUCAUGCUAGAGACGAACUCCUAUCAUUUGAAUCCCAGGAUGUCGUCUCCAGCCAGUUCCAGGCUCGAGGAAGGGAACUACAAACUAAUUACCUGGAAAACUAAUGAAACGCUGCAGGAGCUGCAGAUUCAGAGCAAGUACACACUCCAUAUCAUCACUACGGCCUUUCAGUCCUGGAUUAAAUUCUGCCGGGUAUGCAAGGACCGCGUAGAGUACGCUAGACGGGGAGGAGUACCAUCAGGCGACCAUUUCUCCGGAAUCGGGUUCCGCCGUGUAACACAUGGCUCUUUGACUCUUCUGAUCAGUGGUUGGGUCCAAGCCACACAAAUAUCCCUUCUUUCCAUGAAUACGCUAAAACACCCAAUCCUGCCGUCUGGAGGGAGGGAAAAAUGAGUCCUUCGUCCUCCGUCCACUCCGGUUCUACUCUCCUUGUGCCCCGUAAAAAGUCUCAAGGGAGACAAACUUCUGCCCCUGCAUGAGCGUUUUCUUUAGCCCAUGAUGGUGCAAGGAUUCCUCAGGAGAUUCACAUGCAGAGAUAAUAUUCUCUCCAGAGGGGUUUGGCGAGGAGCAAAAGAUUCGGGGUGCUUGCUUGCUGAUUCGCUGUCUUGCUAGCGUUUGGGUUGCUUGGUAAAUGUUCCGAGUUCUCCUGCUCCAUCUUCCGAAUUCUUUUUUUGUCAUUUUUGUUGGAUGCCACUAUCUCGGUUGGCUUUUGCGACCGCCGACGCAUGCCAUUCUUUCGAUUUUCCUUUAUUCGGACAUCUUGCUAGUGACCUGGAUUUCACCGUUGCGACCAAGUGGCCGGGUACGUAUCGUCACACAAGAUUGGUCCUUUCACCAAUAUUUUUUGGACAAGGAAUGAAACCACCAUUCCACCCCUCCAAUCAGCGUGCUGUUCAAAAAUUGACAAGUAUGAUAUGCGGGAUAUGAAGGAGAAGAGAGCAAUGGAGCAUUUUGAAACUGAACCAGCUGCACGCCUCGAGAAUAUCGUCCACGCCUCCGACUCCGUACAGAGUCUGGGCCAAGUGGUCCCAAAUAAAAUACGUCAGCAUGUCUUGGGCCAGAACCUGAUGCUAUCGUGCGUGCGCAUAGGGCAAGCUGAAGGAAUUAUCGGGUUGACAGGUCAUAUUUUCAAGGCUCCGCAUAUGCACAAAUCGAAGUGGACAGGAUAAGUUGAACUCUGAUUGAUUGAAGCUUAAACCACCUGAGCGGCUGCAUAUGUAUGCAUAAUGUAUGAAUGCACGUCG